UUCCCAUUUAAUUCACUAUGGACUAAUAAUUCUGAUACGCCUGGAAUGGGAAUUUUCAAUCCACAACAAACAGCACCAGAUUAUCCACUAAAAAACAGACCAAUACCUCAAAUACCUUCUCACGUUUUCCCCGGGAUGAUUCCUCCCCCAAUGCCUUCCAUGGGAGCACGACGUACAAACUCUGGCCAAGUUUAUUCUGGUCCAAUGCCUCCGGAGUAUAUUAAUAUACGCAUGCCUAUGAUGCAUCCUCAAAUGAUGGGAUUCCCCUCACAGGUCCCAAAUCCUAAUAUAGUUUACGACGUGGAGAAAAGACCACCAAAAUCAUCUGAAUUAUUUGAUCCAAAUAAUCCUUCGAAUACUUCUACCCCUCCAAAAUACCGAUUGCGGCGAUAA